AAUUAACCAAAAAAAUAAAAAAUAAAAAAAACAAGCAGCAGCAAAUUCCCGCGGCUUCCAGUCUCUCUGCUGCCUCUGCGCUGGGGUUUAGGGUUUAGAGAGAUAAUGCCUUCAAAGGCGAAGAAACACUCAAAGACUCCGACGACUCCAUCAUCAUCAUCAGCAAGGCAUUCGAAUUAUGAAUCACCUCGGACUCCAUCAUCGUCCUCAUCAGGUGGUCUAAAUGUCGAAGCUACUGAAAUGGAUUUUCUCUGCUCUCUGGAAGAAGCUUCUAAAAAAUACCCUUCAUUGAUUGGGAAAUCCGCUUUCGUUGGCCAACUCACCGCUGUUGAUGAUGCUGAUCAUGCUUCUAAAGGAUUCAAAAUUUGGCUUUCUGAGCCUUCCAUGGUCGCCUCUUCCUUCACUCCUGGUUCUGUUGUCUCGGUGUCCCUUCCUUCUUUGAAUAGUAAACUUUCACAUACAUUCCCUCUCAGCUCAUUAGCAGAUGAAUGUGCUAGACAUUUUGGAAUUGAUCCAGGUGACCAGUUCGCUGAUGAAGCGGGGAAUUACUUUGCUCUUGCAAGAAUUUUUCCUUCUAGUAAGGUUGCAAAGAAUCAAGUGACAUUGUCUGCUAACCUUUCAAACACAAUGGGAUGUCCUACAGCUGGUAGAGUUGUGUUUGUGUACCCUGCACAAAGUCAAUUGCUAGCUGGUCUUGUAAGCAAAGGUGAAAAAUCAAAUAGCUCUAAAGUCAAUCAUCUCUUGAUGUCUGACUGCAAUGAAAUAGUUUUAGAGCUGAUUCACUCUAAGAAUAGAUUAGGCAGGAGCAGAACUUCCAUGAACAUUUCCUUGGAAAAGUCUUAUGAACAUUCUGAAAAUGAGGUGCCUGCAUCCCCAAGGACACCAUUGAAUCAGUCAAAUUUUUGUCCGUUAAAUUCAUCUGCAGGUGAAGAUCCUGCAGUAAAUUUAACCAAUUCAGAUGGCUCAUCUAUUGAUUCUUUAAAUAUUAUGGAAGUGCUGGCGGAUGAAAAUUCUAGAAGGCUUCUGCAGAUAUGUGCUACUACUUGGCUGCAUUCUUGUUGUUUACUUCGUGGAAAUAUUGUGACGGUUCCAAUGCUUUCGCACCUUUAUAAUUUUCAUGUGAUGGAUGCUAAAAGGUUUUUUGUAGAUGGUACUUAUGAUUUGACAAAUGGAAGUAAGGAUUGCUCUGAAGUUCUAGAUCACGCAAAUGAGGCUUUUUUGGUAAAACGUGAAACAAAAAUGUCUAUAUGUUUACCAUCAAAAUUGGCCUCACGAAAUCCAAAAAGACCGGUUGACAUUGAAUGUAGUGAUGCUGAAGCUAAUACAGGAGGUACUAUUUCAAAUUUGGGUGGUCUUUCAAAAGAAUAUUUACUUUUGAAGAAAAUUAUAGUUUCCUCAUCAACAGACAUUUUGUCAAGAUUUGGUUUACGACCUACAAAGGGAGUGCUUCUUCACGGCCCACCUGGCACAGGAAAGACGUGUUUGGCUCGUCUAUGUGCUCAUGACGCUGGUGUUAAACUUUUCUCUGUAAACGGAUCUGAGAUUGUUAGUCAAUAUUAUGGUGAAAGUGAGCAAUCUUUGCAUAAAGUGUUUGAUUCAGCUCGCCAAGCUGCACCUGCUGUGGUUUUCAUUGAUGAGUUGGAUGCCAUAGCACCUGCAAGGAAAGAUGGGAAUGAAGAGCUAUCUCAGAGAAUGGUUGCUACAUUGUUAGAUUUGAUGGAUGGGAUUUGUAGAACUGAAGGACUACUUGUAAUUGCUGCCACCAACAGGCCUGAUACCAUUGAGCCUGCACUCAGACGACCUGGAAGGCUUGACAGGGAAAUUGAAAUAGGUGUGCCAUCUCCCACUCAACGAUUAGAUAUAUUGAAAUCUCUUCUUGGUGGAAUGGACCACACACUUUUGGAAAUGCAAGUUCAACACCUUGCUAGGGUUACACAUGGUUUUGUUGGUGCUGAUUUAGCUGCACUUUGCAAUGAGGCAGUCUUCAUUUGUCUUAAUCGUUAUGCCGGGUCUAGACAUUCCUAUGUGCAUGGAACACCUUUUGCGUAUGAAGAAUGUUCUGAUGCUGUGACAGAAUCUAAUCACUUAAAAGUUACACGAAACAUCUUGAGAGACUACCCAGAUUCUGAAGCAUUGCCAGUGUCACAUUUGGCACAAAAUCUUUCAUUUUUGCAUCUCCAGGAGACAAUGUCAUAUAAUAUACAAGAUGUUCGGAAUGGCAUUGAAGAAGAUUACAUGCUAAAAGUGACUUUUGAAGAUUUUGAAAAGGCAAGGAUGAGAGUGAGGCCCAGUGCCAUGCGAGAGGUAAUACUUGAGGUUCCAAAGGUUAAUUGGGAAGAUGUUGGUGGCCAGAUGGAGGUUAAAAAUCAAUUAAUGGAAGUUGUAGAAUGGCCUCAAAAACACCAGGAUGCAUUCAACCGAAUAGGGACUCGGCCCCCAACAGGGGUCUUGUUGUUUGGUCCUCCUGGUUGCAGCAAAACCCUCAUUGCUCGAGCAGUGGCUUCUAAAGCAGGACUGAAUUUCCUUGCUGUUAAGGGUCCAGAACUUUUUAGUAAGUGGGUUGGUGAAUCUGAGAAGGCUGUUAGAUCUCUGUUUGCAAAGGCAAGAGCCAAUGCUCCAUCAAUCAUAUUUUUUGAUGAAAUUGAUGGUCUUGCUGCCAUUAGAGGGAAGGAAAGUGAUGGGGUUUCAGUAUCCGAUAGAGUCAUAAGCCAACUUCUUGUUGAAUUGGAUGGUUUGCAUCAAAGAGUGAAUGUUACUGUUAUUGCGGCAACAAAUCGGCCUGACAAGAUCGACCCUGCCCUCCUAAGACAAGGUCGCUUUGACCGGCUGCUGUAUGUGGGACCUCCAAAUGAGAGUGACCGGGAAGAAAUAUUUUGUAUCCAUUUGCGCAAGACUCCAUGCAAUCCUGAUGUCAGCGUUAAGGAUCUUGCUUGUCUCACAGAAGGCUAUACUGGGGCUGAUAUAUCAUUAAUCUGCCGGGAAGCAGCUCUUGCAGCUUUGGAGGAGAAUUUUAAUGCUUCGGAAAUAAGGAUGCAACAUUUGAAGACUGCUGUUAGUCAAGUUCAGCCAUCAGAAAUUCAGUCUUAUCAAAUGGUAUCAGCAAAAUUUCAGAGGCAUGUUAAUUGUAGUGGAAAAGAAGAGAAAUAGGGGUGUCUAUCUGGGUCACCCUCUUCGACUCUACAUGAAAUAUUCUCUUCGAAGGUUUAAACGGACUUCCGGAUGAUGCAUGGAUUUUCAUGGAAGCUUUUAGGGGUCUGCUAACUCCCUUAGCAGUUGUAGGCGGUGACUUUUUCCGGUGUAAGAUGCAUAAAUUCAAUAUAAAAAAGAUUUAAUAAUUAAGGUUUUAAAAAAGUAAAAAAGGUAUUUUAGUACAUUUAAUGAAUUUGGAACUGUAUAAAGUUGUUUUGGUAUUGCAACUAGAAAUUUCCAAAAUAUAUAUUUUUUAAAAAUUAUAAAAUUCUUUUUGAAUUAAUAAAAAUUCAUUUAUUUUCAUAA